CACAACAACUUUAUUGUUCCCGGAAGUGCCCCCUCGGUCCGUGGGCCCGUGGCUCCGUCCGUGGAGCGGCGCUGGGGCCAUGGCGGCCGAGGGUCCGGGGCCCGGGGCCGGGGAGCCCCCGGAGGAGGCGGAGGCGGAGGCGGAGGGUUCGGGGUCGGAGCGGCGGCGGAGGCCCCACGGGAUGCUGAAGCUGUACUACGGGCUGGCCGAAGCCGAGGCCCCCGGCCGGGCCGCGCCCUCCGACCCGCUGGACCCCACCGACCUGGACGGGGCGCACUUCGACCCGGAAGCCUUUCUGGACAAGCUGCGGAAGGAGUGCCCCCUGGCCCAGCUCAUGGACACCGAGACCGACAUGGUGCGGCAGAUCCGGGCGCUGGACAGCGACAUGCAGACCCUGGUCUACGAGAACUACAACAAGUUCAUCUCGGCCACAGACACCAUCCGUAAAAUGAAGAACGACUUCCGGAAGAUGGAGGACGAGAUGGACCGGCUGGCGGCCAACAUGGCGGUCAUCACCGACUUCAGCGCCCGCAUCGGCGGCACCCUGCGGGACCGGCACCGGCGCGUCACCAAGCUGGCAGAGGUCCACGCCCUGCUGCGGAAGCUGCAGUUCCUCUUCGACCUGCCGUCGCGCCUGACCAAGUGCGUGGAGCUGGGCGCCUACGGGCAGGCGGUGCGCUACCAGGCGCGGACGCGGGCCGUGCUGCAGCAGUACCGCCAUCUGCCCUCCCUGCGCGCCAUCCAGGACGACUGCCAGCUCAUCACCGCCCGCCUGGCCGAACAGCUGAGGCGCAAGUUCAGGGACGGCGAGGCCGGGGCCCCCGAGCUGGGCGAGUGCGUGGAGCUGCUGCUGGCCCUGGGCGAGCCGGCCGGGGAGCUGUGCGACGAGUUCCUGGCCCACGCCCGCGGCCGCCUGGAGGCCGAGCUCGGCGGCCUGGAGGCCCAGCUGGGCCCCUCCCCGCCGGCCCCCGACGUGCUGGAGUUCACCGACCGGGGCGGCGGCGGCUUCGUGGGCGGCCUCUGCCAGGUGCUGGCCUCCUACCGGGCCCUGUUCGGCGCCCAGGGGCCGGCGGGCGACGAGAAGCUGGUGGCCUUCGCCCGGGAGCUGGGCGGCCGCUACCUGGAGCUGGUGGAGCGGCGGCUGGGCCGGGAGCAGGGCGGCGGCGGGGCGGGGGACGACUCGCUGCUGGUGCGGGCGCUGGACCGCUUCCACCGCCGCCUGCGGGCCCCGGCCGCCGCCCUGCCCGCCGCCGGCCUGGCCCAGGGGGCCGCCGACAUCGUGGUGCGGGCCGCCCGCGCCCGGCUGGCCCUCCACCUGCAGGGCCUGCGCGCCGCCUUCCUGGGCUGCCUGACCGACGUGCGCCAGACGCUGGCGGCCCCGCGCCUCGGGGGCAAGGAGGGGCCCGGCCUGGGCGAGCUGCUGGCCUCCGUGGCCGGGGCCCUGCUGGCCCACGUCAAGGCGGCGCUGGCCGCCGUCCACCUCUUCACCGCCAAGGAGGUGUCCUUCUCCAACCAGGCCUACUUCCGGGGGGAGUUCUGCAGCCAGGGAGUGCGCGAGGGCCUCGUCGUGGGCUUCAUCCGCUGCGUGUGCCAGACGGCCCGGGCCUUCUGCGACAGCCCCGGGGAGAAGGGGGCCGCCACCCCCCCGGCCCUGCUCCUGCUGCUCUCCCGCCUCUGCCUGGACUACGAGACCUCCACCAUCUCCUACGUCCUCACCCUCACCGACGAGCAGUUCCUCGGGCAGGACCACUGUCCGGUGACGCCGGUGAGCACGCUGUGCGCGGAGGCGCGGGAGACGGCGCGGCGGCUGCUGACCCACUACGUCAAGGUGCAGGGGCUGGUCGUCUCCCAGAUGCUGCGCAAGAGCGUGGAGACGCGGGACUGGCUCACCACGCUCGAGCCCCGCAACGUACGCGCCGUCAUGAAGCGCGUCGUCGAGGACACCACCGCCAUCGACGUGCAGGUGGGUCUCCUGUAUGAGGAGGGCGUGCGCAAGGCCCAGAGCAGCGACUCGAGCAAGAGGACCUUCUCCGUCUACAGCAGCUCCCGGCAGCAGGGCCGCUACGCCCCCAGCUACACCCCCAGCGCCCCAAUGGACACCAACCUCCUGAGCAACAUCCAGAAGCUUUUCUCCGAGCGCAUCGACGUCUUCAGCCCCGUGGAGUUCAACAAGGUGUCGGUGCUGACGGGCAUCAUCAAGAUCAGCCUGAAGACGCUGCUGGAGUGCGUGCGGCUGCGCACGUUCGGGCGGUGGGGGCUGCAGCAGGUGCAGGUGGACUGCCACUUCCUGCAGCUCUACCUGUGGCGCUUCGUGGCCGACGAGGAGCUGGUGCACCUGCUGCUGGACGAGGUGGUGGCCUCCGCCGCCCUGCGCUGCCCCGACCCCGUGCCCAUGGAGCCCAGCGUCAUCGAGGUCAUCUGCGAGCGCGGCUAGGCCCCGGCGGGGGGCGACGACCGCCCUCCCGCCCCGGCCCGACGUCUCCCAUCGCACGCACGUCCUGUCCCGGGGGCGGGGGGGGACCCUCCUCGCCCCCUGCACCCCGAGCUCCUGCCGCCCGGCGGGGGGUGGGGGCCGGGGGGCUUCCGCUCAAUAAAGAGUCUCUUCUU